AUGCGGCAGCUUAUCAACACCAUAUAUAUCGCUGGCUACUCUGUCUCCCUGAUCGCCCUCGCCGUCUCCCUCCUCAUCUUCUUCAACUUCAGGACACUGCAGUGUACACGUAUCCGUCUUCACAAAAACUUGUUCCUCAGUUUCAUCCUCAACAAUUGCCUGUGGAUUGCCUGGUACAUGGAAGUGGCCGACAAGCCCGACACUGUCUUCGAUAACAACCCUGGAUGCCAGAUCCUGCACAUCUUGCUCCACUACUUCCUGGUGUGUAGCUACUUCUGGAUGUUCUCUGAGGGGCUGUACCUGCACACGCUGCUGGUGGUGGCCUUCGUGUCGGAGGAGCGCCUUAUGAAAUGGUUCUACCUGCUGGGGUGGGGAGCCCCGGCCAUCAUCGUCGCCGUCUACGCCGCCGUCAGGGGCUCCUCCACCUCCGACACUCAACA